CAGAAAGGCUCAGUCCCUAGUUUGAGUCAGAGCUAGGGACCAUGCCGUCCCAGGCUCAGGGAUAAAAACCAUCGGGCCCCAGUGCCAUCCAUAUUCCAUCUCCACUCUUCCCUCUACAAAUUGGGACUCAUCCCUGCUGAAAAGCACGGUCUAAGAGCAAGGGAACAAAAAAAACCAUGCUUUCACAUAAUACCAUGGUGAAGCAGAGAAAACAGCAAGCAUCAGCCAUCAUGAAGGAAAUCCAUGGAAAUGAUGUAGAUGCCAUGCACCUGGGCAAAAAAGUCAGCAUCCCCAGAGACAUCAUGUUGGAAGAAUUAUCCCAUCUCAGUAAUCGUGGCGCCAGACUAUUUAAGAUGCGACAAAGAAGAUCUGAUAAAUAUACAUUUGAAAACUUCCAGUAUGAAUCUAAAGCACAAAUAAAUCACAACAUUGCCAUGCAGAAUGGGAAACUGGAUGGAAGCAACUUGGAAGGUGGCUCACAACAAGCCCCAUUUACCCCUCCCAACACUCCGGAUCCACGAAGUCCCCCCAAUCCAGAAAACAUUGCACCAGGAUAUUCUGGACCACUGAAGGAAAUUCCUCCUGAAAAGUUCAACACCACAGCUGUCCCUAAGUACUAUCAGUCUCCCUGGGAACAGGCCAUUAGUGGUGAUCCGGAGCUUUUAGAGGCUUUAUACCCUAAAUUUUUCAAGCCUGAAGGAAAGGUAGAACUGCCUGAUUACAGAAGCUUUAACAGAGUUGCCACCCCAUUUGGAGGUUUUGAAAAAGCAUCAAAAAUGGUUAAAUUCAAGGUUCCAGAUUUUGAGCUACUACUUCUAACAGAUCCCAGGUUUAUGGCUUUUGCCAAUCCUCUUUCUGGUAGACGGUCCUUUAAUAGGACUCCAAAGGGAUGGAUAUCAGAGAAUAUUCCUAUAGUGAUAACAACUGAGCCUACAGAGGAUACCACUGUACCAGAAACAGAAGACCUAUGAAAAAAAGUUGUAUGUGCCACAAAACCUUCUAAAUAUAAAUGUUGCUGUUUCAUUAUUCUACUUACUGGCAAGAUCACUCACACUCUUCAUUAGUAACAAUAAUUUAAUAGCAUUUAGCAAUUUUCCUUUGAUUGCAUUUAAAUUAAAUCUCAGAUCAAACACUAAUAAACAAUUUGAAAUCUUGUUUUAAAAACUUUCAACUCACAUGUCUUUAUUCAUAAUUUUGUUUUCACCCAGUCUAAACAAUCCGGACUUGUCACUGAGAAAGUACAGAAGAGUAACUGACAACAAAAGGUUGCAUCUUCUUUUCCUUUAAUAUGAGCUAUUUUGAUCAAGUGGGAUCUAGAAUUAAAGAGCAGUGCAAGAUAUUUAGACACAUUUGGAGUUUUCUUUAAGGGAUGAAAGCUACGGAAGCCGAUGUACAAACAUUAUGGAUGGAGAAAAGGGUUGGAAAGCAUUCUUUUCUGGUGACCAGGAUAAAACAACAUGUCUGGAUAAAGCCUUUUCAUUAGUCAUUAUUAGAAUUUCUAAACUGCUUUGUAUUUUUUGACCAGCUUUGAAUCACUAGGUAACUAUUCUAGAUGACAUUCUCCAAAGUUCAGUUGGGUGACUAUAUUCAUUUAGUAUUAAGUCAACCACACAAAGAAACAAUGAUACAACAAAUAUUAUACUCGUCUUAAUGGCCAGGGUAUACUUGGAAUUCAAGCUCCAUAAAUCCCAAAGUUGUGUGUUGAUUAUGUUUGACUUUAUGUAUACAUUUUUAGAGGAGUAAUAACAAAUGAAAUUUAUAAUAAUAUAGGUAAAAUAUACAUAUGUAUGCAUGAGAGAGAUGUAUAAUUUGAAUUGACAGGGUUUUUUUUUUUCUGAAUCUUUAAAUUCUAGUCCUUAAAUACUAGGGAGUAUAUGCUAUAAAAUAUAAAAAAAAAAGAAAUGAAAGAGCACAAAACAUCUGAAAGCAAGGCAGCACACAUCAAUCAUGAGAUUCGCAAACAUAUUGAUAUACAAGGCUCAAACUAAUGUAAAGUUAUAGAUCUGUCUUAAAAUACAAUAGAGGGAGUAGAUAGCAUAGAGCUAAUAAGAAAUAAGUAUCAAUUUUUCCCAUUUUAAUUCAGUUAAGAGUUCUGUGAUAGAAGGUUAUGCCAGAGAAGGAAUGUCUCAGCCAUAGAAAACUAUGCCCAGACUUAAGUUUAGGGAGAGAGGAGAGUAAAGAAAAUGCCACAUAACAACAUAUUUACAAAAGAAUCUGUGUAUGCAGUGUUGGAAUUGGUGGUUUUAAUCAUUCACUAGUCUUGUAAGCAGAGAAUUUAAAAAAAAAUUGUUAAUGAAAAAAGUCCCUACAAAGUAGCAAUAUCAAAAUAUUGUAUUAAUACAUACUGAAAUUAUAGAGAAUUUAUAUAAUUUAAAAUAUAUCUUUAAGAUAAUUUAGUUUAAGUUUUGGUGUUUAUCUGUUUUAAAAUAACAGCAUUGGCAUAUGUGAUGACCUAGAUACAAGGCUCUCAUCAUGACAAUUUUCUGUCCAUUUUUAGUGUUUUAAAAAAUAAAAAUUGUCAUAUUUUAUUAUACAUUGUGAUAAUAUCAUUUAGUUUUUACCAGCAGUUUGAAAUGAGUUACUAUUUCUCAUUAAAUUGAAAUUUUAUUGCAUGAUU